AGUGGCCAGGAGCUUUGUCUGCUCCAACACAGUGCGCCUCUUUAUCUCAACUUACCCGUCCCGAUCUGGGGGUUGAAGAGGAGGGGGGGGCGGUAGCCACUCCAGUCCGCUCGCCUGCUUCUUCCAUAAACUGCAGUCCUCUCAGUGAUCCAUUUCACACACCACUCAACUGCCUUCACCUACCUACCUACUUACCCUGGCCCGGCACGCAAACCUUCCGGUCCGUAUCAAAGCCUUUUCUAACUUUGUCUGUGCAGCUUCGCUUCCGACUCUUCUUCCAUCCCCAGCUUCAGAUCAUCACCAACCGAACCGCAUCCAAGCCGCGGCCGGAGUUUGCAGAGCAUUUCUCCCCUGACUACUUUUUGCUUCGCCUACUCCCUUGCAACCCUGCCACAACUGACCUAGUCUGCUCCUUCCCGGACCUCAACACCACCCACCGAACAGCGCCGAGUGAAUCCUUAUUCGACCGCUUGUUUGAGACAUGACCGACAGGCCCAAGAUGGCUUCAAUCAAGUGUGUUGUGACAGGUGAUGGUGCUGUAGGCAAGACUUGCAUGCUCAUCUCGUACACAACGAAUGCUUUCCCUAGCGAAUACAUCCCCACAGUUUUCGACAACUAUUCGGCUGAGGUGACCGUCGACGGCAAAGAAGUAAGCUUGGGAUUGUGGGACACAGCUGGACAAGAAGACUACGACAGGCUGCGGCCGCUCUCGUACCCCCAAACCGACGUCUUUAUCAUCUGCUUCUCUGUGGUCAGCCCACCCUCAUUUGACAACGUCCUCGCAAAGUGGUAUCCAGAGAUCACCCACCAUGCGCCGAACGUCCCAAUCGUCCUGGUCGGCACCAAGCUGGAUAAACGGAAUGACCCGGAGACUGUCGCGAAGCUGAAGCAGCAAUUUGGCGUCGAGGGGAUCUCGUGGGACAUGGGGAAUGAUCUCAAAGAUAAGAUCGGGGCAGCCUACUACAAUGAGUGCUCCGCUCUGACUCAAGUUGGCCUAAAGACCGUCUUCGACAACGCCAUCAGGGCUGUCCUUAAACCCGAAGCCAACAAAACCAAGAAGAAGUCGUCCAAGUGCACGGUUCUGUAGUUGUCCACGUCCACAAAGGUGCC